CUCUAAAAUAUUAGAACUCUUUCUAGAGGAAACGUGGACAUUGGAUGAAAAAGCUACAAUCCAAGUAGUUUUUUUAAAUGACAUGUGUGGACCACACAGAGAUUGGCUACUCCACUGAGGACGGGGCGGCGAGUGCAAUUUCAAGCAAUGACAUCACUUUUCCUGACGAGUGCUUCCAAACGCGGAAAGACAUCUGAGACGAUUUUCCCUGGAUGUCCGACGCAAAAAGGAAAUUCAGAUUUUUGAAUAGAAUUACCAACUUAUACAUAUUUUACAUGUGCCACAUUUGCUUAGAGAUUGCACGUAUUUUUGCACAAUUUUCGACGGACACCGACAAAUGAGCAGGCCGGCCGUCUUCCCUCCGAGCGUUCCCAGGGGUCCGCGUGUCCCCGCCUCCCCGUGAAGGCGGACCUCCCGUGAGUGGCGUCCGUGCGGCCGGAGGGGGACGAGAAUGGGACGCGCCUCCCAGGACGGAACCCGCACCCCGCUGCCCCUUCUGCUGGAGUCCGCCCUCCCCCGGAGCCUGAGGGCCACAUAGCCCCACCGCUGAGCGCAUCGAGGUUGUGGCCCCCUGUCGCACACUGCAGAGAGAGAGAGGUGGCUGAGAGGAGACUGACUGUUCUGUGCUGCGUGAAGAGGGCUGAACUCACAGGCGGUAAUGUCUGAAGAAGCAGAGCUGAGGGAGUGCGGUGAGGCCUUCGAGUCAGAAGAGGGCGACGUUGAGCCGGACCUGGAGGACGGGGAGAGCGGCAGGGAGCUCCUGGAGAGGCUGCGGGAGCUGGAGGCGGAGAACUCGGCCCUGGUCCUGGCCAACGAGAGCCAGAGAGAGGCGUACGAGAGGUGUCUCGAUGAGGUGGCCAACCAUGUGGUACAAGCCCUUCUGAACCAAAAGGACCUGAGGGAGGAGUGCAUUAAGCUGAAGAUGCGGGUGUUCGACCUGGAGAGGCAGAACAGGACCCUGACCGAGCUCUUCCACCAGAAGCUGCACUGCCAGCCCUCCCUGCAGCAGAUGCCGUUGGUGUCCUUCCCAGAGCACAGUGCAGGGCCUCCCCCCAUUGGCCAAGAUAAGCCAGCAGCAGUGCAGAGCGACGGGCAAGCCAAGAGCGGCGGGGAUCGCACCCGGAACGGCACAACGGGCACCCCGGCUCCACCGUCCUCCAUGGAGGCCCUGUCCCCCUUCUUUAAGAAGAAAGCACACAUCCUGGAGGUGCUCCGUAAGCUGGAGGAGUCCGACCCCCUGAAAUUCCCCCCGUCCACGGGCCUCCCCUCGUACCCGGACCUGGGCCCGGUUCUGGUCCCGGAGGAGGUCCCCCUGGCCCGCAGCUCCGCCUCCCCCCCGCCGCCGCCGCCGCCGCGCUGCCGGCACUCCUGCUCGGAUUCGGACCUCCACGAACACGUGAACGGGGAGGGGGCGCCGCUGCGCGAGGCCCCGGGGCUGGAGCGCGAGGGCUGCCCGUCCUGCCUGCCGCUGACGCGCAAGAGCCUGGAGAGCGUACUGAAGUGCGGCCGGGAGCCCGCCCGGCACGCCGCGGACUGGACCGCGCCGGCGGACUGGACCACGCCCGCGGACCGGCCCUGCGUACGCACCGCGCCCGAGGAGCACAAAGACCGUAAGCCCGCGGGUGCCGUCACUCAACCCUGCGCACACGCUAACCUGGGCCCCCCCCUCGCUGGGUCCCCAACUCUGGAGGAGCCUAAGAGCAUAAGCCCCCAGGAAGACAAGCGCUCUGAUGUCACAGACCUUCCUCUGAGCACAAAGUACACGGGCACCGUGGCCGACCAGAGCUUGAGCCCUGCCGAGCACCUGGAAGAGGCUGCUGAAGCAACCAACGUGGAAGAUGGCUCGUUCACCGCUACCUCUCGCGCUCCUGUGACGGGGAGCUCCCAGGUCGUGUACUCUGGGCAAGAUGGCGAGGACCAGGUAUGCAAUGGCCUUUGCUUCCCCUCCAACGAGACGCCAGUCUCCGGGAAGGCGGUCGAGAAGAACGCGACGGAGACGGAGCCUUCCACUGCUGGCAAAUCCAAACUCAGCCCCACUUCGCCGUCGUGCAUCGACGAGAUGAAGGCCUCCCCCAUCUCCUCCCCUUCCCGGCUGCUCAAGUUCCUGAAGAUACCGUCCAUAGGAGAGCGGGCGCAGGCCACCAACCCCCUCCGUCUCAGCCCCCAGCUCACCCGCAGUUCCAAGAUUCCCUGCCGCAACAACAACUAUGAGGUCUAUCACUCCCCCGUCCUGGCCCGCAAGGCCACCACCACCGAGAGGGACAGGCAGCCCCCGUCCUCCAAAGCCGACCCCUACCCGGCGACGCACUCCGCACCUACCUCCCCGCCGAAGCCUGAGGACGCCGGCUCGCCCAUCGCCCGGGAGGUUUCCUACAGCUGCCACUCCGCACCCAAGUCCAGCCGCGGCGCGAAACUCACCCCCUCGUCUCAAGCGCAGAGGGGCCUGCAGAAGGUGCCGCAUUAUGAGAACGUCUCUGACCUCUCCACCUCCUGCCCCAUGGAGGGGGCACCACCCCAGUUCCUUGAUCCGCUGAAAGGGCCCCACUUUCUGCCCUACCCUGAGAGCGAGGAUCCCAUAGACAGGCACACCAGCUUGUUGGAGGAAAAGAGCCUUGAUAGUCUGUCGCCUCCCACAGCCGACCCGCCUUGUGCGCAGGAUCAAGAGAGUGCCGUUUGGUACAAGCUCCAUCAUAGCUUGCCCUCCUCCUCAGCCUCCCUCAAAGCGCAGAGUAACCCCAAUUACUCCAGCAUGAGGGACAAACAGCAUGAUAGGGGUGCCCCUGACACCACCCAGCAGGGCUCCGAGCCUGUCCAAUCUCAAGCCAUCAUCAAGAGGAGCGAUCCACCCUCUGUUCCCAAAAAGCCAACCGCAGGGAAGUCCCCAGGCGAGUCCAGUCACCACCCUUUCAAGGAGCGCCUGGCCGCUCUCGGCAAGCUUAAGAGCUCUGAGGAUUUGCCCGUUGGCCCAAUGCCAGUGGACAGGAAGGACAUGCAGUGCGUGAGUAAAGUCACAUCAAGCAGCAGUGAGAAAAGCAAAACUGCAGAAAGGCAAGGUGACCGUGGUGAACACCGGCACUCAAAAUACACAGACUCCCUGGAUGGGAAGCCUUACCCCAAAGCCAACCUUGGUAGCUAUGCGGUAAAGUUCCCAGGACCCUGCGCACCUUAUGAACCAGGAGCCAAAUCCUCCACCAGUGGCUCCACUGUUCCUAAGGCAGAGCAGGCAGAGGCUUUUCCCCCAAGAGUAUAUGUAGCAAAGGCAGAGGGCACAAAGUACAAGAUAGGCUUGCCAUCCACCACCCCUGACCCCCCUCAAGUAUUGCGCAAUUACAUAAAAUGCACCACAGCUCAGAACCUCCCUUCCAACAGCAAAACGGCCCCCAGCCCUCAGAGCAGUCCCACGAAGGUCCCGUCCAAAUCCCCCUCCAAACCCGGCCAGGCUCCAUCUGGCGCCCGUGGGCCCAAACCCCUCCAGGAUGAACGCGCCUCCUCCGCUCAGAAGCCCUCCCCCCGGGCGGAGGACAAGGGCAAGCUGACGGCCGGCAAGAAGAAGAACUACGGGGAAAACCUCCCGCCCCCUCCGCCGAGGCCCCCCGAGGCCGGCGAGGAGAAGAAGCCGUACCCGCCUUGCCCCCAGUCUGCCAUCGAGCAGAAGGUGAUGAAGGGCAUCGAGGAGAACUUGCUGAAGCUACAGGAGCAGGACCGGGGCCAGGCGGCCGAGGUCAAGCAGAAGGCCUCCAACGGCAUCGCCAGCUGGUUCGGCCUGCGGAAGAGCAAGCUGCCGGCACUCAGCCGCAAACCGGAGUCCAAGCUCAAGCUCAACAUGUCGUCUGCGGCCAAGGACCCCAAGGCCGCCACCAAGAAGAAGCUGGAGGUGGAGAGCCUCAACAUCUCCAAGCUGAUGGAGAAGGCGGAGGACCUGCGCAAGGCCUUGGAGGAGGAGCGGGCCUAUGUCAACGGGGUGGCCCUGGACCGGCCCGGCAGGGGCCACAGCUGUGAGGUGGUGAUGGACCAGGCCCAGGGCCAGCUGUCUGUCAUGUACCGGGGUGUGGCCUCUGACAACUUCAUGCAGCAGCUGCUGAACCGGGUGGAUGAGAGGGACCCAGCCAGCUUUGGUCUGGCACACCGACGCCUCUCCUUCGACUCCAAAAAGUCCCGGCCUGUCAUCAGCUAUCAAAGGAACGGCAUCAGCCACGCCCGCAGCCGGGAAGAGAUGGGAAAGGGUUCGGACCUGGUCGGCAAAGAGGACAUUGCUUCAGAUGAGAGGUUGGCCGAGUCCAUGGGCUCACAGCACUUUGCAGGUUCAGGUGCCUCCAUGCGCACCCUUGACAGUGGCAUAGGCACCUUCCCACUGCCGGACUAUGUCAUCGGUGCAGCGGGCAAAAGUAUCCCCAAGGCAAGGCCACAGGGGGAGCAGGAAUCUGCGUCCCACGGGAAACCGGGGCCGGUGACGAAGGUUCCACGCAAGGCCCGCACGCUGGAGAGGGAGCUGUCCUCCCUGGAGGAGGUGAACCCGUCAGCCCUGUACGCUGCCUCCCUGGAGGGCCGGGGGCUGCUGUCCAGCACCAUCCACGAAGACGUAGAUGCCUACGGCGCACACAUGCGCUCUCCGCCCUCCAAGAACUGGACCUUCCCCAACUUGAAGGCGUCCACGGGUCCUGCUGAGAUGUACCUGGGGGUCAAAGGAGAGGUGGAGCCGGCAGCACAGGGCAGUCCUUUCAGGCAGAGUCUGAAGCCGUGUGUCCCCAUGGCCCCCCGUGAGGUGGAACCCCCCGGCCUGGCCCUGCCUCCCCAGAUGGGGCUGAGCCGGCGGGGUAAAGGCCGGACCCCCAGCGCUUCGGAGGUGGGCAAGGAGGGCGGCCUGGAGCUGGUGAAGGAGCGGCCGGACGACAUCAUCUCCCCCAGCCGACCCCAGGCCCUGGAGACGCCCGAGUCCCUCAGCGACUCCCUGUACGACAGCCUCUCCUCCUGCGGCAGCCAGGGGUGAACGCUGGGGCAGCUGUCGCCCCCGUCCCUCUCCCUGACCUCCCCGUCCCUCCCCCUGCCUCCCCCGUCCCUCUGACGCCUCCCCUCCCCUCGGACUCUGUCGCCCCCCGCACACGCCCCACACCCCACCCCACACUCCCCGUGAGGUCCCAGCAGGUGUGCCCCAGAACUCCCCCCGGGGGGAGGACCACGCCCUGAUCUUUUCGAGUGUUGCCUGACCCGCGCGCGCAGGGGGGGGUGGGGGGGCGUGGCCAUAACCGAAUGGAGACACACAGAAUGGAGACACACACGUGCGGACGCCGCCUCCUCAUGCCCGGCAGGGACGUGAGACACGUAGACGGACUGAAGAUAUGCAUGGACAUACCCCCCCCCCCCCCCCCCUCCCUCCAGUUCUCACUGCAGCGCCUGUGGAUACGCUGCUGCCCCUCUGCUGCAGGCAGACGUGCACUUCCCCCGCCUCUCCCCCCCCAGCUCCUGUGUGCUGGACAGGCUCUGUUUACACACCCUGACAAGGCCGUCCCCCCCUGCAGGCCACUCUGACGCACACGAGACCCCUGUGCAGUCCCUUUCUCCAGAGCGGGAGAGCUCAUUUCUAUUACGUUAGCCUUCGCUGACGCAGUCCGGUUCAGAGGCAGUAUUUUUACGUCUUACCCCCCAGGAGCCAUCGGGGCCGUCUGUCGCCGAGUUGUCGCUGACCCACCGGAGCUAUCGAUCGGUUGCACUGGAGGCCUCUCACUGCCUGACGCAGGCCAGCAGUGCUGUCGCCAGCCCCGGAUAAGAGCGCUGCUUUGCCUGAAAGCACAGGCGUGCUAAUUUGCUAAUUGGGGCCAGACCUAAUUAUCCCGUAUAAACCGCCAGAGUCAGAACGUGUAGCUAACGGUGUUCACGCCUAGCUGGGCAGCGCAGUCAUUUUCACAUAUCGCCCAUGAAUUGUGCUAAAUAACAGUGAUUUUAGCAUGAAUCUCCAUAUAAUCUGAUCCAUUCCCCUAAGUCCUUUUGCCAUCGUUUCUCUCAAGAGGGAAUGACUAUAGCACAAGCAUCAGGAUUUAUUUGUCCGUUGUAAGCUAGCACGCGAAAUGCACAAAUUUGGCGAGCGACUGCUCACAUAUUUUAAAAAAACAAGCAGUACAUUGGCUAGCCACUAGCGAAAGCUGUGCCAGAAAUGGUCGUCCCUAAAGCGAUUCCCUGGCCUGCAGUGUUUGAUCAACAGGUGGGAUUGCCGCCCCAGUUGAAACUGCCAUAUUAGAGUAGGAGUAAGUUCAGACUGCCAUUUUGAAUUGCGUUAGAGCUGCACAAAUGCGGGCCGGGUGGGUCAGCCCAAACCAGGCUUAUGAGUGCAGGAGACGGGUGCCAUGAAGAUGUGCUCUACCAUUUUGUUUAAUUUAUAUAUUUUUUAUUGGUAGGUAGCGUGAAAAUAUUUGCAAAAUAGGCUUCCAUUAAUUUGAUAUUUUUUAAUUGUUUUGAAAUGUGAAUGUCAUUGUUUUCCACUCAUUUUGCUUUGUUCAUUUUCUAAUUAUUAUUUUUUAACUUAAAAGAAAAAAAAAUGUUUUUGGUGCAUAGAAGCUGUGGCCGUGGUUCCACCAAAUAAAGGUGUUACUGUCUGCA